GACACGCUUGCAACCGCCACUUCUGCCCAAACCUACACGUUGCACAUCGACGCAUAUAGUUUGCGCGCAUUGAAGCUGCUAGGUCUGUGUGUUGUUAUGGUGUGAGGUUGAGAGCCCUCACCAGCAGCAGUGUGUUUUAACCAUGGAAGUAGCUGGGGCACCCAGCAGCCAAGCGGGAGGCGGAGAGCUGGUCAUCCGUCAAUAUUGCGGAACCAAUUCGCCGGUGAACCCAAUCAAGGCUCAGAUUCUUCAAUACAAGCUGGCAAAGGCGGAGGCGGAGGCGAAGGACGCGGAGGAGUCCCUUGCCGCGAACCGCACGCUCAACAAAAUUCGGGUGGCAAUGGCGGAGGCGGAGGCAAAGGAGUCCCUGGCCGCGCAGCGCACGCGCAACAAAAUUCGGGUGGCAGAGGCGAAGGCGGACUUAGCCGCGUAUCGCAAGAGACUCAACCGUCGAGCUGCCACUGCAGUGGCGGAGGCGAAGGCGGACUUAGCCGCGCAUCGCAAGCGACUCAACAAUCGGGUGGCGGAGGCGGCAGAGGCGGCGGAGGCGGCCCGGCGGGCGCGCGCGGCAGCUGCACUGGCGACGGCUGCACCGCCGCCACGCGACACUUCAGGUGGCCAAACCAGGGACGAGGACAUCGGCCCCGCCGUAAUGAGAGAGAUGCUGAUGGAGGUUGCGGCAUGGGCAGGCUACAAGGACAAGGCCGCCUGACUACUCCUGCUCAGGAUCCACACCAGCCUUUGCGUUUGUUAUUGUGCUGUGGGCCUUCGCGCUGGCGGCGGCACGCACACCAUGGCUGGGUGACAGACAUGCGCGCACUCGGUGCUGGGGUAUGUAGUUGGGCUGUUCCUGCUGCUGUGUCCGUGGACACAUGGUACACAUGGAAGGCCACCUUACUUGACUGAAUGCGGCGUUUGUGGCGCCGGCUGGUGCGUCAUCAUCAAGGGCAAGACGUAAGAGAAGAAGGUGGUUGUCAGGGUGGAUGGACGGCGGAGGCGUUGUGUGUGCUGUGCGUGUGUGUUGUUUGCCCUGCUGGCCGCCGGGAUGUGGUGUACUCGUGUUGGCAGCAGCAGCACCCCAGCUGAAAUAAUGCGUCGUGCCGGUAGGUGCUGCAUGCAGGCACUGCAAUCGGCAAGCACGGCAAUAUGUUGGGUGGGCCUGGGCCUUUUGGGUGGAGCCACCAAUGCAAACAUGUCGGCGGCUGGAUGUGUGCUUUUGGAGGCCGCAUUAAAGCAUUGAUGGUGCAGACGAGCUGCCGGGCAUGCUGUUGGGGCUAUCUGCUGCCAGCAGCGGGUGGCAGCAUGCACACGGACUGAGUGGGUCCACCAGGUUAGGUGUCAGCGGCGGUGUGACUAUCGCAGACUGCACUACUGAUCAAAGUUCACCCUGUGCCCCGCCCGGGCCCUACCUGCCGCUCCAUCCAUGCAUUGAUUGCGCGGCGGCGACGUAUGUCCAUGUGUCGUACAUCAAUAUGUGCAACAUGUUAGUUUC